UGUUGACAAACUGGAGUGAAAAUAGUUGUGUGGGUUGUAUUGCAUUUAUCGAAUCCUGAUUUCAGCAUCGCUAGCCUCAAGAAAUAGCAGUGCAAAACGAGUUCGCCAGGUGUGUGAGUGACACUCAACCAAUGGCGACCGACGUGUACCGGAUGUGUGUCCUACUCGCACUGUGCUGUCUGGCCCCAUCGACAGACGGACGGAAGUCGCGGUCUGGCAGAAGUCUGCUGGACCUGGAGGUCAUCCUGUCUACCGUCACAGGCAGGUCAACGUUCGACUACAUCAGCUACGGCUGCUGGUGCGGGCCCGGGGGGUCGGGCACACCUGUGGACGCCACGGACAGAUGUUGCAUGCAACACGACGCCUGUUAUGACGAGCUGAUAGCCGUGCACUGCAACCCGUACACGACCAGCUACAGUUUCAACUGCUCGUCUACAGCAUGCACGUGUGGCUCGGCUUCGGUUUCCUGCGGUGAUCGAGCCUGUCAGUGUGACGUCACUCUCGCCAACUGUGCCGCCCGGAGCGUUUAUGACGCCAGCAACAGAAACUACGACAAAACAAAAUGCGUUUAAAUUAUGCUGAUGAGUUGCACUGCUUGUUAUUAUUUCAUAAUGUCAUAUAUAUUUUUUUUAUAUUAAAAAUUUAUUUAUGCUUGUUAAA